AUGACCUUUCCUCGGCCACCAUUAUUACGCACCUUUCUCCGACCAGCAACACCGCGGGCACGGAGUUUUCAUACCAACACACCCCUCCCAAUACCGCCUCGACGACCAGAAAGCGGCAUCAGCACCCAUGAGGAGUUUUUGGGAGCGAUAGGCCGGGGAGCAGCGGGGAAGGUCAAGGUUGAGAGCUGGGAGGGACUUUUCGGCCUUACGGGCCAGGGGAUGAAACAAGCUGGUGUGGGCGUGCAUGAUCGAAGAUACAUCCUCUGGGCGCUCGAGAAGUAUAGGCAAGGAGGGAACCCGAAGGAGUUUGCGAUUCCUCCAAAGCCGAAGAAGACAAUAAGAGGAUGGGGACCGAGUGUGCAGAACGGAAAGCGGAUACGAUAGCUGAUGGACAAAGUUGGGAAGGUCUGACUGGGACGGUUUGCCGUGAACGUUUCAGCCGGUGAAACAAAUGGCACUCUGAGCUGACGAGCGAGCUCCCGAGAGGCUUUCACUCAUUAUGUGACGUGGGGAAUGAUGAAGUUGCGAUUCGGGGUAUCAUCGUGAUAGAAUACGUAUACAAUAUCCUUCCAUGUCCAUCAAAACACUGGUGCAUCCUUGAGAAAUAAC